CUGUCCGUGUCAGUCGGUGCUGGAGUGUUUUCAUUGAAGCUGCUUCUCCCUCCCCCGGUCCACCGAAACAGACGGGAGCGAUGGAGGAAGAGUUAAAAUGCCCCGUUUGCGGUUCUCUCUUCAAGGACCCCAUCCUCCUGCCGUGCUCACACAAUGUCUGCCUGGCCUGUGCUCGGAACAUCACCGUCCAGACCCCGGAGGGGGAGACCCCGGUGCAGAGCCGAGCCUCGGGCAGCUCUGACUACGACUACCUGGACAUGGACAAGAUGAGCCUGUACAGCGAGACGGACAGCGGAUACGGCUCCUACACGCCGUGCCAGCUCAAGUCUCCAAACGGGGUGCGGGUGUUUCCACCGGCCAACCACCACCGACACUGCUCCCUCACCUGCCCGCUGUGCCACCGGAGCGUCUCCCUGGAUGAACGGGGGCUCCGGGGUUUCCCUCGGAACCGGCUGCUCGAGGCCAUCGUGACGCGGUACCAGCAGAACCGCCGCUCCUCCGCCUCCUCUUCCUCCUCUUCUUCUUCUUCUUCUUCUUCUUCUUCUUCUUCUUCUUCUUCUUCUUCUUCUUCAUCUUCUACAGCGGUGAAGUGCCAGCUGUGCGACCGCAACCCGGUGGACGCAACGGUUAUGUGCGAGCAGUGCGACGUCUACUACUGUCACGCCUGCCAGCAGCGAUGCCACCCGUCCCGCGGUCCGCUCGCCAAGCACCGCUUGGUGCCGCCGCCGAACCGAGCGGCGGGAGGAGGUGCGGCAAGCGGAGGAGGCAGCGGCGGUCCGCUGCCGCCCGCUACCGCGCGGAAACCGGCGACCUGCGUGGACCACGAAGCGGAAAACUUCAGCAUGUACUGCUACAGCUGCAAGGUUCCGGUGUGUAUGAAGUGUUUGGAGGAGGGGAAACACGCCAAACACGACGUCAAAACGCUGCCCAUGAUGUGGAAACAACACAAGUGCCAGAUCUCCCAGGCCCUGAACGGGGUCUCCGACAAAGCUAAAGAUGCCAAGGAGUUUCUGGUUCAACUCAAGAACAUGCUGCAGCAGAUACAGGAGAAUGGCGUGGAGUUUGAAGCCUGCCUCGUGGCCCAGUGUGACUCUCUGAUCGAGGCGCUCACCAGACAGAAAGCCAAACUGCUCACCAAAGUCGCCAAGGAGAAGGAUUGCAAGCUAAAGGUGGUGCGUGACCAGAUCACCCACUGCACCAUGAAGCUACGUCAGACCACCGGCAUGAUGGAGUUCUGCCUGGAAGUCCUCAAAGAGAACGAUCCCAGUGGAUUCCUCCAGAUCUCAGAUGCUCUGAUCAAGAGGGUCAUAUCAUCUCAGGACCAGUGGGUGAAAGGAGCCCUGGAGCCAAAAGUAGGCCCUGAGUUUGACCUCACCCUCAACACCGACUCGCUGCUCCAAACCAUCUUGCAGCUGGACUUCUGCCAGGGCAAAGAUGUGCAGGAGAAUCCGUUAUUGAAACAAAUGCAGGCAGCAGACAGUGGUGAGGCUGAGCUGGAGACAGAGAGCCCAGGAGUGGAGUCUGGACCCUCGGUACCGGUGGCUCCUCUCUUGCAGCUGGAGAAGUGCUGCACCAGGAACAACAGCGCCACCUUGGCCUGGAGGGUAACUGCGCCCCCUGUCAGCCUCAUUGAGGGCUACAUCCUGGAGCUGGACGACGGCAACGGAGGACAGUACAGGGAGGUGUAUGUGGGGAAGGAAACAGUGUGUACUGUGGACGGCCUUCAUUUUAACAGCUCCUACAAUGCCAGGGUGAAAGCCUACAAUGCUAUCGGUGUGGGGCCGUACAGCAAGACUGUGGUGCUCAAGACCUCUGAUGCUUCCUCCAAAUACACAGAGAAAAGAGACAUGACAAUGGCCUGGUUCUCCUUUGACCCCUCCACGGCUCAUCGGGACAUAGUUCUGACCAAUGAAAACCAGACAGUCACCUGCAGCAGCUACGACGACCGCGUGGUGCUGGGAACUGCUGCUUUCUCCAAAGGCAUCCACUACUGGGAGAUCCGCAUCGACCGCUACGACAACCACCCUGACCCUGCCUUUGGCGUGGCGAGGAUCAACACCAUGAAAGACAUGAUGCUGGGCAAAGAUGACAAGGCGUGGGCCAUGUAUGUGGACAACAACCGCUCCUGGUUCAUGCACAACAACUCCCACACCAACAGGGCGGAGGGAGGAAUCGCCAAAGGCUCGACUGUUGGCGUCCUGCUGGAUUUGACCAAACGCACACUGACUUUUUACAUCAACAAGGAGCAGCAUGGACCGACCUCAUUCGAGAACCUGGACGGGGUCUUUGUACCCGCUGUCAGCCUCAACCGAAACGUGCAGGCGACCUUACUGACGGGCCUGGAGUUGCCAAAGAACACCAAACAGUAGUAGGUCUUCCCUCCGAGCGUGCCCUGGAUACAAACCAACAAUGUCAUAUGCAGUUCACUCCCAUGUGGACCUUUUCCAGUCACAGAUGGGAUUUACCCAUCUCCCAUUCUUCUCAAGGUGCCCUUUGUCUUGGAUACACUUCAAUGUGAGACACCGCUCCAUAAUUUGGGACGAAUGAAUAAAAUCUGGGUUAUGAAUACAAUGAUAGAAGCUUGUGGACAUCACUACAGAGAUGACUGGAUUGCCAUACUUUUUUUACAUCCCAGUUUUUGCAUCCUGAAAUUUCUCCUCAAGUCCUGAGACUAAACUAAUCGACUCUCUCACUUUGACAGAAUCAAUGGUGAAGAUUCCCACACUGCGCAGUGAAACAAUAUCGUCCUUUUAAAUUUCUCUUUUUGAGAAUUUCUAAGCUUUAUGAUUAAAUGUAAGAUGUACCAUCAGAAAAUAGCAUCACAAUCAGUUUAAAAAAAAGUCCAGGACAACAAGGUGCUUCCAGUAAGCGAGGGAGAAACGAUUCAGCAGCGCUUAUUGUUGCUCCGCUUCUCUCUCGGGGGGUCUUUACGGCUCACAAGGUAAAACUAGACGAAGAGGGUCUUUUAUAGGAGUUGUAGUGGCACCGCGGGAUGUUUCCCUCAUGGAAUAUUUAAAAGCUACACUUUUUUUCUCAGUUGUGGCUCCAACAGCACUGCCUUUUCUGUUUUCCCCUUCUUGUCUUUGGCAUUCAAAAAGGCAUAAAGAUUGUUUGGUGCUGUUUUCAAAGAGGUUUACACGCUGAGAUCAAAAGCUGGGAGGCAUUGGGCUCGAUUCCAUUUCAUUUUUCAGUAAUGUGACAGAUCUGCCAAGCAUGGGAGUGGCCAGUCUGCAGGGGAAAUGUUUCAUCUUGCAACCUCAAAGUGGUAAAUUCAUUUCAGUGGUGUCUCCAUGCGGAUUGGUUGUGUAAUUUUGAAGUGGCAUGUCAUUGUCUUUUCAAGAAGGGAGGAAUUGAGUUUCUGGUGGAGUGUUAUUGACCACUCACAGUGUCUAUCUGCCUCAAGUGGUAGAAUAAAAGAGAGAGACUCACCAGAGAGACUCACCAGAGACCAGAUAAGGAGAGCAGCAAACUCUCAUGCACCAUUUUGCCACCUAAAGAGAUUAAAGGAAUAGUUUCUUUAAUAUUGGAAGUACACUUGUUUUAUGAUAUUAUAUAUUUAGAGGUGCUGGCUGGCAGAUUUUGUUUCCUUCGGUCAGAGCACUCCACUCUUUAUGCUAAGCUAAGCUAAGCUAAGUGGCGACUGGAUGUAGUUUGAUAUUUAUGCUUGAGACAUGAGGGCGGUGUUGUUCUUCUUAUCUAAUAAGUGUUUAACAAAAUAUUGAACUAUUGACACAGACACUGAUACUGACAUAUUUGGCUUUUUUUAACAUUAAGAUCUCCACUGGAAUUUAAGAUUAAGAUCUGUGAAUGAAAUUUGACUGAGCAGCAUAAGCUUCUAAGGAAGAAACCACGAGCAUGUCAGUGAGGUUAGAGGUUAAAAUAUGUCUGCAGCAUUUAAUACAAUUUUGGGGAUUGUGUUAAUUUGGUUAACUACAAAAUCGUGUACCAACUGGUCUGUUAAAUUAAUCAAAGUGCAGGAACGAGGUUGAUUAAUUGCCUACAGGAGCAUUUCCUGCCUUGACGUUUCCCCUGCAGCCUCUCCCAGGCUCUGUAUUCACUCUGACUCACGAGGACGUGAUUUCACCUCGAGGAAUAAAUGUCCGAAAUCGCUGACAUUAAAUGGAGCUGAGCCAAACCUCACAAGACCAACAGCUACUAUGAUAUAUCAAAAUUAGAGUGAGAAAAGUGUGGUUGUCGCAUUGGUAAUUUCUAUUCUGUGCUCAUCUCCCAGUCUCUCUGUAGAAUCUCUGUCAGGCCCCUUUAAUAUAUCGCGCUGAAGAUGGUCUCGAAAAGUCACAUCAGGUGAAGCUGCGCUUGCUGCUGCAUUUCUCAUCAGGGAUUGGAUUCGGCAGCGGCUUUAAAAUCCAACCAAACCACUGUGACUCCGGAUAUAAGAUGUUGUUUCAACAUACAGUACCCAUGUGUAUAUUUCAUGACUAAUGCAGCAGAGGAUGGAGAAGUUUGCUCAUUUAUUUCAUCUUUAUCUGAAAUAUUUCUAUUCCCUAUAAUGUCGUGUGAGAGAGAAGUUAUUAGACACACCUGCCAUACAAAGAUUGGGCUUUACGUGUGAAUGGAAAACAACAAACAACUGUAAAUAUGUGAGUUAUGACUAUAAUGUGAGAUAUUAAGCAUGGAUUAAGCGUCAAACAAGUUUACAAAAUAUCUGAAGCUGUAUUGUAAAUAGUGUGCUGUGUCUUUGCAAUGAGUGACGUUAAAGCCAACUGCUUCGACAGGUUGCCCUCUGCUGGUGGAUGGUGGCAACAACAGGAUGAAUUAACUGUUGUUUCAUAAUACCCGACUGUGAUUCCAUACCUUUAAUCGCUGACUUUUUAAACAAAAUGUCAGCGAUCAUUUUGCUCUUACUAUCUUACGAUCUUACUUGUAUCGUCAACUAUCUCAUACAUCUAAUCAGGGACAUAGAAUAGCAGUCAUUUAUAUUUUCACUUUUUUAAUGUAAGUUUACAAAUUAUUACGAUUGCAGGCAGCAAUUACCCAAUUUAUUUUAAAUUCUCAGUUCAACACAACCUUUAAAUAUGCCAGGUGACUGAAUACUAUAUAUACUAUACAUUAAAGAAGGCCUUUCUGACUGGAGUUAAUUGGGUCUAUUUUCUAUACAACAGAAAGAAACAUGGCAACAUUUGUUGGCUCCUAUCUUUUUUUUGCAGAAUGUAUUUAACUAUAGAGCAUUAGAGUAGGAUUAUAAGGUAAUACAUUUGAAUUUUGGUUCAUUUUAUGUCCUUUAAAGAAUAUGUAAGAAUAAUGGUUGAGCCUUUUUGGGAGAUGGGGAUGGGAUUAUGUAUUUAUAUAUGAAUCAAAGCUGUUUGCGCCUGAUGCUGCAUUCAAAUGACGUGGGAAAGAUUUUUUUACAUCUAUAUUUUUUAUAACAACAGUUGAUCAAAUGUGUAAUGUGAAUCACUCGUAAUGAUGGACCCAUAGAACUAUUCCUCUGCAGUUUAUGGAGCAUUUUAGCCUCUUAGUUUUCUUUAACUUCACUGUUUUGAUUAUCUGUACACAGACAGACAGGCACAGUUAGCGACUCGCGGGUGAAGCAUUUAGCAGCUAA